AGAGUGGUGUGAGGAGUUGAAAAUGACAAAGGGGUGGAGAGAGUCAACCGACGUAGAGUGGGUGGAAUUGAGUAAUUGUUGAAAGCAGCCUUUGCUUCUCUUGUAAAUCAAGGCCCUCGCCUUGAAUUCACACAGAUUGAUUACCCUUUUUCUGUUUCUUCUUCUUCAAUCUCAAACUGUGAGCGGAAAGCUUGAAAUUUUUUUCCCAAGUUAAUCAGCUCCCACUUCUCCAUCAUACGAGGUCCACUAAAGUGACUGUGGAGGGGACGAUUUCUACAUCAUAAAUAACCUUGGAAGGAGUACCCAUGGAUGCUAUGGUCGAGGAGGGAGAGGGUAGAAAUGCUCUUGAACUGGUCAGAUCAGUAUCAGAUAAGCAUCUUGAUCUUUUGAGACCAGCAGCUCGAAACUAUUCCGUGUCUAAAGGAAAGUAUACUCUGAUUAGAGACGAAGAAGACUCACAACUCGGCUUAUACGACAAACCUCUUCCUUGCUUUGGUUGCGGUAUAGGAUGGUUCUCAUUUCUGUUAGGUUUCUUGUUCCCACUUAUGUGGUAUUAUGCUACAAUCUUGUACUUUGGGAAUUACUACCGCAGGGAUCCUAGGGAACGAGCUGGACUUGCUGCUUCUGCAAUUGCUGCUAUGGGGUUCUCUGUUAUAUUGUUAAUCGUAGUCAUGAUUCUGCUUUUCUAGCUCUGAUCUUACUACUUCCAUGGGCUUCCACGAUAUUUACAAGCAUCCAUAUAGAGUUGUUGACUUUACAUACACAUGUUGAUAUGAAUCUUUCAUUGAGAAAGCAAAAAGUGUUUUCUAAGAAAAUUAGGUUUGUUAAUUCACCUGUAUAUGGGACAAAACCACUGUUCCAUUUUAGUUGUUGUCUUUACAGAAGCAGCCACUGCAAUGUUCAUUUGACAGACAAAUCAAGAGCUCAUUUGACCCUCAGCUGUUUAAAACAAA